UUACGAAGAAUUACAGUGUUUAAAGCUGAUUUCGUUAGGAUUUCUGCCCAUCAGGAGAAUAUAAUGAAACAUCACACGAAUCUGGUGCUUUUAUGCCGACUUCUUAACAUGUUUGAGUGUAACAAGCUGCUGCUUUGGACUAGGGAUAAUAAGGUCUCAAAUGAAUCUAAAUGUGGCUUCGAUCCAAGCCUGUGUCGGAAGGAGGCUGAGGAUACAGUUAAAUAUGCUGGGGCUGUACCAUUUGAUUUCGAGAUUAGGGCAUAUCCUCCACCGGAUGUCUUUCAAAAGGAUAUAUUUGAAGGUCUCGUUAUAUUGCGGCCUAUUUCACAACUAUCACUAUUUGGCAGCCUAGUGCCAAAUCUUUCUGCAUAUCUUGAGCGUUUAUCACUAUCAAAAGAUUGGCAUCUUAUAAUUGAAUACUCACAAGAAAAGGUUAGUAUUGACUUGAAGUCUAUUCGGAAUGCCGCUCCUAACUGUGCUAAAAUCACCUUUAUUCUUAAGGAUAGCAGGGCUAAGGAACCAAAAAUAACUGGACUUGAAACGAUAUCUAAUGAAGAUUUGCCUCUAGUUCUAACAGGAGAUUUUAAGGUUAUUAAAUACAUUGCAGAACACAAUAUGUCUUCAAUUCAUGUUCAUGCUGUGUCAUAUGAUGGUUUUGACACGAUAUUUACUGAAUACUUAGACAAGCUCCCUAAUACUGCACCAGCUUCUAAACCCCAUGUCUUUGCACAGAAGUUUAUCUGUGGAGUUUCGAUUUAUAGUCCCUGUGAUUCUCCCGUUUACUACAAACAAGUACUAUCCAGGAAAUACUUGGUUAAAUAUGGUAUUGAUGUCCAAAAAGUCCAGAUUGAGUACGAUAAAAACCGAAAUGACCUGCUUGAUGGAUUAACGAGUCUUUACAACGUUAAUGCUUUGUUAAGGAUCCCAGCGGAUAUUGAAGACAAGAAGAUUGUCUGUCUUGGCCAUGCACUUAGUGCCCCUUAUUGGAAACUUGAAGAGCCCGUCAAUCUCAAACUUAAGAAUUUCAGAAUCCAAAUUCGCUGUCAGAAUAUAUGUUACACAUCGCUUAGUGUUAGUGGAGAUAAGAACCCCCGCUGGGACCAGGUUGUCAAAUGCGAUAUACUUCUCGACGAAUUAAGGAGCAUUAAUGCCCAAGAACUUCGUAUUUCAGAUGUGCAUGACCACCCUCCAACUGUUACUGACUUUGAUCUAGCUAAGCUGAAAACCAAUUUAGACAGUCCUCUAAAAUACAGCCUCAAUGUCGGGACUUUGAUUCUAGAUAAUGUCGAUGAAUGU